CCGGCGGCGCAUCGGCCCGGCUGCUGUGCCCGUCGGAGGCGGCGGCGGCGGCGGCCGGGCUGGGCUGGGCUGGAGCCCCGGGCCGUGCGCUGCGCCGGGCUUGGCGAGCGCCACGGGCCGCGCCGUCCAGGAUGGUCCUGCGCUCGCUGCUGCUUCUCAUCCUGGCCGGCUUCUCGGCCAACGCCAGCAACUGGCUGUAUUUAGCAAAGCUGUCUUCAGUGGGGAGCAUCUCGGAGGAGGAGACGUGCGAGAAGCUGAAAGGUCUGAUCCAGCGCCAAGUGCAGAUGUGCAAGAGGAACUUAGAGGUCAUGGAUUCGGUGCGGCGGGGGGCCCAGCUGGCCAUCGAGGAGUGCCAGUUCCAGUUCCGGAACCGCCGCUGGAACUGCUCGACACUAGACAGCCUGCCCGUGUUUGGCAAGGUGGUCACGCAAGGGACGCGCGAGGCUGCCUUUGUGUAUGCCAUCUCCUCUGCCGGCGUCGCCUUCGCCGUGACAAGGGCGUGCAGCAGUGGGGAACUCGACAAAUGUGGGUGCGAUCGCACAGUGCACGGGGUCAGCCCUCAGGGCUUCCAGUGGUCCGGCUGUUCCGACAACAUCGCCUACGGAGUGGCCUUCUCGCAGUCUUUCAUCGACGUGCGGGAAAGAAAUAAAGGCGCAUCCUCGAGCCGGGCGCUCAUGAACCUUCAUAACAAUGAGGCUGGGAGGAAGGCCAUCCUCAACAACAUGCGGGUGGAGUGCAAAUGCCACGGGGUUUCGGGAUCGUGCGAGGUGAAGACCUGCUGGAAAGCCAUGCCUCCCUUCCGCAAAGUGGGCAAUGUGCUGAAGGAGAAAUUUGACGGGGCCACCGAGGUCGAGCAGAGGAAAAUCGGCUCCACCAAAGUGCUGGUGCCCAAAAAUUCCCAGUUCAAACCCCACACAGACGAGGAUCUGGUCUACCUGGACUCCAGUCCGGACUUCUGUGACCAUGACUUAAAGAACGGUGUCCUGGGCACCAGCGGGAGGCACUGUAACAAGACCUCCAAGGCCAUAGACGGCUGUGAGCUCAUGUGCUGUGGCCGGGGCUUCCACACGGACGAGGUAGAGGUGGUGGAAAGGUGUAGCUGCAAAUUCCACUGGUGCUGCUUUGUGAAGUGUAAACAGUGCCACCGCGUGGGGGAAAUGCACACCUGUCGAUGACGUGGGGAGACAGGAGCCGCCUUCGGGCCCGGAGCCGAAGGAGGCGCGUCCAGAGACCAAGCGCAGAGAGAAGACUUUGGCUGACGCCCGCGGGGAGACACUGCGAGAUGAAAUCGGGGGAGGGCACUUUUUUCUAUCAACAAAAGGAAAAUAUUUAAAGUUCCAAUAGCGAUGACAUAUUUUGGUUCAUUUGUUUUCACCUCGGUCUACUUUAUUUAUCGCCAAGAGCAGAGCCCUUCCUUCCAGGCAGGGGGGAUUUCUCUUUGACGUCGCAGCUGGUAUUGGCUAGGAAGGCUUGGCGUGCAGACCCCUGAGGCGCCAUUAGCCGAUCUAAAAAGGAUAGGGAAUGGCAUGCGGGGCAGAAAAUGAGGGGUCCGUCGGCAGCCAUUCAAAAUGCUCAAGCUGGCCCUGGGAUGGGGCAUUUUUAUAAUGGUCUUGAACUUUUUCGGUAUCAGAGACUUGUUUCGGUCCAUGCACUGUGGCUUUCUGCUUGCUGAGAGGGAUGUGCUCGGGGAGGCUUUACUGUGUGGAUGGAAGUACUUAAAAUGGGGAAUUCCUCUCCCAGCUCUCUCGCUUUGCCUGCAAACAUAGGGCGCUUUUCCUCUCACGAGGAAAACCGGGUCUCUGGCACUGCAGCCACCGUUCUAACGAAUCCUAAUUUGAGCUUCUGCAUAGUUUUCGUUCCUUACGAGGGUGGGCUCGUAGAGGAGAAUUUUCUGCUGGAUCAGGCCAUAUGGGAUGGAGCUCUUUCCUGCGCAAAGUCUGCUGUAUACUAGCUUGCUUCCAUUUCAGAGGGUGGGAGAAUUCAAGACUCAUUCCAGUGACAAAAACUAUAACCAGCAGAGGCCUUAAGACCAUAUCAUGGCCUCGUUAUCCAGAAACUAUUUUUGUGGGUUGAUCCAAGCACAGAACUCUAUUGGGCUUAAAACUCAGAACUGAUUUCCAGGGCUAGAGCUGGGGCUGGACAUGGGGCCAUGUGAAUGGUUGCAAAGGGGAGACCAGGGGAAGGAAAGGCACUCUGCACUUGCUCAGAGACACAGCACAAUCCUAAUUGCUUUUACACACACAGCCAUCAAAAGUAUCUGCCGUUCCAGUAUGCUGCCUUCGCCAGAAGCUCUCGUUUUGGAAAUCAUGUAAUGCUGCCAACAAGGACCAGCUACGGAAUGUGUAAAAUAAAGAAGAGUAUUUCUGAACUAGUGCAGAGUGUCUUCUCCUCGUGAGAUGCCCCAACGACUCUGAACCCCAACGCCUCCUUUAGGAAAACUGUUCACUGUUUACAUCCUGUUGCCAAGUUAAAGCUGGGAAUUCUGACAGUUUUGGAAGCUGUUUGUCAUACCUGUGUGUACUCAUGUGCACAAACCUGUUCUGCUUGACAGUUUUUGCUGUGGGAACUUCCUAAAAAAACACAUUUAACAGCUUGUAACUGUUCUCCUUAAAACUCUCUUUGCAGUCUA